AUGUGGGAAGCGAAUUGCGGCUGGGCGGCAGGAAAAGGAAGCAGGCGAGCCUUUUUUCGGCAAGUGUUCUUUUCUUUGAACCACCACCACCACUUCCUCCUCUCGUCUUCAAUGGCACGCCUCGCCGUCUCCAUACUCCUCGCCUCGCUCCUCGCGUCCACGCUCGCCAUUUCCAACGUUCAGGCCCCGUCGUCACCCACGGCAGCCAAGAACACCACCAUUACCUGGUCGUCUGACUCGUCCGAUUCCAACCCGGUGACUCUCGCCCUGUUCAGUGCGGACUCGCCAGACGUUACCUAUCCUGGUGGCCUCGCGCUCGUUAACAACGUCAACCCCAAGGAUAACUCCAUAACUGUUUUGUGGCCCGCAAUCGAGCCUGGAUCGUACAUCGUGUCAUUCCUCUCCAGCUCGAAUACGUCUGACGUUCUCGCGUCCUCCUCGUCAUUCAGCGUCAGCCCCUCGCCCGCUGUCUCCAGCACCACCCAUGGCUCCACCGCUAGUGGUGGCCCCAGUGCCUCCCAUUCUGCUGUUGCCAGCAGCCUUUCUGGUGCCGCUUCUUCGAUCUCUUCCGUUGCGUCGAGCGCUCUGAGGUCCCUUUCAUCUGCCGCCUCGUCUCAAGCUUCGCAACAUUCUUCCGCUGCUUCUUCCGCCGCAAGCGGGAGCACUAGUCCCAGUGGCAGCGGAAAUGCAGCUGUUCCUGUCCGCCUUUUCGGUCCUGGUGUUGGAGCGGCGCUGGGUACCGUCUUGGCUGGGCUCGCCAUUGGUAUCUUUGUGGUUUAG